UUUCUUACAACUAUUGACAAAAUAAUUAUUAUCACCCAAGUACUAUGUACAUACCAUUUACUGUGACACAACGCAUAAAACAAAACAACAACAGUUUGAUUCUAUAAUGUAUAAAUUUUUUAAUUUUACAAAAAUAUAUAAACCGAAAUUAGAAAGCAUAAUCCUAGUUCUAUUGAGAAAUGAAAAAAAAAAUAUCUUAAAUAGUCAUACGGGGCUUUGUUCUUUUCUUUUGGGGUAAACUCCGUUGCGUUGAUGAGUCAGCCAGUUUUAAAGACGUGAACAAGUUUCGUGAAAGAUCCUCCUCGGCUCCUCGACCUCGUGGUUAAGUCCUGAGAACAACGAAUAUUUUAUUUUUUUACUAAAAAAUAUUCGGAGGUGUAUAUGGGUGUAUCAUAAUUCAUAUCAUAUUAUAUGGUUUUCUUUAUUGAACAAUAAAAUAUAGUACAAGAUUGGGUAACACAGAAACGUGUAAAGAUGUUUACUAGAAGUAGUUACAUAGCGUUCCUCGUCUUCUACAGUUCCACUUUUGCUUUAUGUUCACGUAAAAUCUUCCCAUCUCUCCCUAACUACCUUCUUUUCUAAUCCAACUUUCAUGUGACCUCCAUUACCAUUGGUUUUAAUGUUGAUGUUACUUUAAUAUGGAAGUAUAAAGUGAUGAGAAAUGAUAUUAAAACAAUCCUUUAUAAGAAGAGUUCACGAGUCACUAAAAUUCCUUCAAUUUGUUUUGGUAAAAAAUUCAUUCGAAUUUAAAAUUUGAAACUAAUGUCCAGAAGAAUUAUUAUGUGAGUUAUUUUUUCAACUAAAUGACGAUAUAUGAGAUAUGUAAUCGCAACAUGAGAUUUCCUGAUGUAUUGAGACUAUUUUGUAUUCUGCUUAAUGAUAAUGGAUGUGUUGAACACUUGAACCUAAAUGUAAAUUAUAAAACACUAUUAUAAAUGUGAGGAAAUCUUAUGUUUAGAAUUUAGCGAUUGAUUCAUGAUAUGUGUUAUAUAGUUAGAGAAAUAUGAAUCCAAAUUAAAACAAACCCCACUCGUUUUUUAAACUCACAACCUCCUCCACUCUAUUAUUUAGUUGCAACCACAGCACACUAAAAGACAAAGGCCCACAGCCCUCACUGCAUGUACUUCUUCUACACAUCACAUUUCAUCAGAUAUUCCAACCAAGAUUAUGCAUGUAAUCGAUAUAUGACAUAUCAAAUAUAAUAUGAAUUAACUUUUCACAAUGAUUUCUUUCGUUCUUUAAUGGAAUUUAAAGACGACAAAUAGAAAGGCAAUUGGUUGGAGAAUAGGGUUAAAAACUUAAAACCUUGAAUAUUUUUUUUCAGAAUUUAUAUAUUAUAUACUUGACAAAAUAUCCUGAUUAUGUGGGAUUUGUGUAUAAAUAAAACAAAUUGAUAUAAUAUAAUAUAAUUUCCUUUAUGUUCUCAAUACAUAUUUCUUCUUUUAAAUCUCAUAUUUUUAUAGCAUUUAUAUAUAGUUUUUUUUUAUUUUCUCUGUACACUUCACUUUACACUCAUAUAUAAUCAACCCACCAAAGAAUAAAGAAAACAUGAUCCCCUCAGUUGCAGUAAAGAUAAUGAGGGAAGAAGAAAACUCAAUGACUACGAGUAGCAGUCUCCUCAAAGUCUUAUCUUCUUACAACUCCAACGUCCUCUUAGCUGCUCUCCUCUUCCUCCUCUUAGUCGUCCUCUUCGUCUUGCUUCUCCAUUUCUACGCCCGCUUUUUCUGGUCACACUCCGACCAAGAAUUCUUCGCCGCUCGACGCCGGCUGAGAGGAAGACGAAUCCGGAGAAGAACAGUCACAACGACAAGAAUCAUACCUCCUGUUCCACUGGGAGGUGGCGGUGGUGAAGUGUCCGUUGCGGCUCCGACAAGCGAUGACAAAGGUUUGGAUUCUUCAGUCAUUUCUUCGAUUCCUCUGUUUGUUUACGAAGACGACGAAGAAGAAGAAGAGGAAGAAGAAGAUGAGUGUGUGAUAUGUCUUGGUUUGUGGGAAGUGGGAGAUUUUGGAAGAAAGUUGAGAUUUUGCGGACAUGGGUUUCACGUUGAGUGUAUAGACAUGUGGUUGUCUUCUCACUCUUCUUGUCCUCUCUGUCGAUCCCCUGUUCUCGCCGUCUCCGAUCAAGACAAUCUCAAGCCGGCCAUUAACGGCGACGUUGAUGGAAUAGUUGAAGAAGAAGAAGAAGAAGAAGCAGAGGUUAGGCUAGAGCUACAAUUGUUUCCAACCGGAGAAGAUGAGAACGUCGUCGCCGGUGAUCGGAGAUUGUCACUGUCUCUUGCUGUGAUGGAAGAUAAUGCCAAAACAGGGGUUGAUGAAGGCGUCGGAGAAGGAGAGGUUAGAAUUGAAGUGUUAGAUGAUGGUGAAGGAUCAAGAGGUGAUAGGAGAUCAACGUCUUCAGCAUCGACUUCGUUGAUGAGGAUGUUGAGUAGUAGAAGUAGAUCGGAGUUUAAUAAGGUGUUCCCGUCGGCGGCAACGCAAGAUUCGUCUUCAUAACAUUAAAUUAAAAUAAUAUACUUUUAAAUCUUGUCAACAAUUUUGAGAAUGGAAUAUGAAUAACUAAAAAGCUUUUACCAAAAAAAAACUAAAAAGCCACGUGCGGUAAAAAGAAGAUGAUGUAAUUACAAAAGUGGUAAUCUAUUUCUUAUUAAGCUUUGGUUGAAGCUAAUGAUUACGAUCUCGACAUGACUUUUGUCCAUAUUUCUGCAAGUAAAUCUAAGUUCAUGUAUCUUAAUUAUCAGAUCA